UAUGGGCACAGGACCCUCGCUCAAUACCGUGGGCAGCCCGCGGCGCCACUGCCAACGUGCCCCGAGUGUGCACAGCAUGGAGGAGGGCGGCCGGGGCCCCGCCUGGCGCACCUGGUGCGGUUGCCUGCGCUCCCGAGCGCCCGCGCGAACACCCACCCGCCAGUACCAGGCGCUGGACCGAGGCCGCGACUCCCUGUGCGCCCCCGCGACCUCCGCCAGCCUCAACCUGCGCUCCGUGGUGGCCAACCUCAGUCCGCUCUCCACCUCCUGCACCUCGUCCACCUCCACCACCACCUCCACCACACUGACUGAACCUUUACUGGCCUCGCGAGAACUCACGCCUGCCAUCCUCCCGAAGGAUAGUGUUAGAGCCCUGCCCUCGCAGGACUCUGGGUCCUGCUCGUCAGUUAUGACCUCUGGCGGAAGCGCGGCCUUAGACCACAUUCUGCCCGCCAGGGACACCUCGCCCGACGCCGACACCAUGGGCUCCGCACUCUCCGCCUCGUCUCUGUCGGGCGCCCAGGACUCCAGGCCCCCGUCGGGUGCCCAGGACGCCGCCUCCGCUCCGGUGGCCACCAAAGUCCGAAUCACGACCCGCGAGAUUCGGCCGACGGUGCUGUCGGUGGCGGGGGCGCUGGGGCGGCAACCCGUGACGAGGGUCCGGGUGACCACGCGUAGGGGCAGCAUCUCUAAAAAGCAUGUCGCCGAUGGGGCCCCUGAGCUCACGGUGACCACCAGGAGGGACAGCAUCUCCAAGCAGGGCAUCGACGCUGCCCCUGAGCUCACAGUGACCACCAGGAGGGGCAGCCUCUCCAGGCCCUCCCUUGACGCGACCCCCGAGCUCACGGUGACCACCAGGAGGGGCAGCCUCUCCAGGCCCUCCCUUGACGCGACCCCCGAGCUCACGGUGACCACUAGGAGGGGCAGCCUCUCCAGGCUCUCCCUUGACGCGACCCCUGAACUCACGGUGACCACGCGGAGGGGCAGCCUCUGUAGGCCCUCCCUUGACACUACCCCCGAGCUCACGGUGACCACGCGGAGGGGCAGCAUCUCCAAGAAGCACGUCACCGCCGACGGGGCACCCGAGCUUACGGUGACCACCAGAAGGGGCAGCCUCUCCUUGCAGACCCUCGACGCAGCCCCCGGUCUCACGGUCACCACGCGGAGGAGUAGCGCCUCCGUGCAGAGCAUCGAAGGGGGGCCGGGGGUGCUGGUGACCACGCGGAGAGGCAGCAUCUCCAAGCAUGCCGUCGAAUUAUCCCCCGAGGUGACCGUGACCGCACGGAGAGGCAGCUUCUCGCAGGAACGGAUCAUCGAAGUCGGUCCUGACCUGACGGUGACCACACGGAGGGCCAGUUUGUCCCAGGAGCAGGUCUUCGAGAUGGUCCCUGACCUGACAGUGACCACACGGAAGAGCAGUCUGCACCCUGAGCAGGUCCUCGAGGUGGUCCCCGAUUCGACGGCGUCCUCGCGGAGGGGCAGCCUGUCCCAGGAGCAGGCCCCCGACAGCGUCCCCGAGUUCUUGGUGGCCAACCGCAGGGGCAGCUUGUCCAGGAUCUCUGCGUCUCAGCUAGACGUGGCCGGCGAGCUGAGGGUGACCAAGGUGGUCAUCCCCGGCAAGGAUUCGCGGGAUCUCACACGGUGCGGCCAUGGCGGCGUGGUGGGCGGGGUGGGCGGCGCGGGCGGCGGCAGCGUAACGGGGAGCGGGUGGCGCGCCGCCCCGAAGUCUGGGGGCGCCGCUUCCGGACCCGGGUCGCCGCCUGCGAUGUCCAAAGGCCGCUCGCGGGUUUCAUCCACAGCGGCCUCCUCCACUGCCUCCACCCUCUCCACCGCCACCACGACGACGCUCUCCACCAACGCCCCUCCCUCCAUGAACGGUGAGCGGCGCUCGGGCGUCGAGGUGGUCGCGCCCCCCAACCGGCGGGGCCCCGUACGCACCUCCAACACCUUCACCUCCAGCAUCAAGGGCCUCUUGCAGCAGCGCGAGGACCACGGCGGCGGCGUCCUGUCGUCCAUCCGCCGCUCCCUGCCGCAGCGCCAGCGCUCCGCCUCGUCGCACGGCGAGGGGCGGCCCGGCCAGGAGGAGGGCGGGGUGGGCCGCCGCUCCCUGCCCCCCCUCCGCAUGGCCGGGGGCCCGUCGCCGCGUGGCCGCCGCACCGGCAUGUCGAACAAGCGGCGGCCGGCGAUCCCCGAGGAGGACAAGGAGGCGCUGAACGGCGAGGAGGCGGCCCCUCCGCCCCCGCCCGCGAGCGGUGUGGGCGUGCGCCGCCACUCGCCGCGGCCGAGGCGCGCCCACAGCGUGCAGGAGGAGCGGCAGUCGCCUGCGCGUGAACGCGUGCCCAAGCAGAACAGUGCUGAAGAGGCGUCACUGGACGCGACGGAGCCGUCGCCGGUGCAGCCGCCGGGGGACGACGCGCGCCUCGAGGAGGACGCGUCGCUGGCCAAGGACGGCGAGGAGAGAACCCGAGAGGCGGGGACGCUCACAGAAAAAGAGAAAGUGGAGUGUGAAAGAGACGAGAAAGACAAGGACGAGCGCGAGGAAGACGAGCGCCGCCAUGUGGUCGAGGAGGAGGACGCCGAGGAGGCUGUGGACACGUCUCCCGACAGCCGCUUCCUCAAGUUCGACCACGAGAUCGGCCGCGGCUCCUUCAAGACGGUCUACCGGGGCCUCGACACCGACACCGGCGUCGACGUCGCCUGGUGUGAGUUAAGGGAGAGAGACAUUGAGAAAGAGAGAGAACGAGCCAGAGAAAGAGAGAAAGAAGCCGAGAUGCUCAAGGGUCUUCAGCAUCCCAACAUUGUGCGCUUCUAUGAUUACUGGGAAGUGCACAGCCCAAAGCGGAGAUGCAUUGUCCUCGUGACGGAACUCAUGACUUCUGGGACACUCAAACAGUAUCUGCGUCGACUACGCAAAGUAAACCUGAAGGUGCUAAAGAGCUGGUGCCGGCAGAUUCUAAAAGGUCUCCAAUUCCUUCACUCUCGUUCCCCUCCUAUCAUUCACCGAGAUCUCAAGUGUGACAACAUCUUCGUCACUGGAACUACCGGAUCUGUCAAGAUAGGAGAUUUGGGGCUUGCUACUUUGAAGAACAGAUCCUGUGCCAAAUCUGUUAUUGGUACUCCGGAGUUCAUGGCACCUGAAGUGUAUGAGGAGCACUACGAUGAGAUGGUGGAUGUGUAUGCUUUUGGCAUGUGCAUGAUGGAGAUGGCCACAUUGGAGUACCCCUACAAUGAAUGCUCCGGACCUGCCCAGAUCUACAAGAAAGUGACAACUGGUGUACGGCCACAAAGCUUCUUCAAGAUUGAGGAUGAAGAUGUGAAAUAUAUCAUAGAUUGGUGCACAAGAUUACACAAUGAGGAGAGACCAACUGUGAAAGAUCUUUUAAACCAUGAAUUCUUCCAAGAAGACACAGGCAUCAAAGUUGACCUGUGCAAUAAAGAAGAAGCUGUUGCCUCCGAUUCAGGAAAAGUUGUGCUUAGGUUACGAGUAGUUGAUGCAAAGAAGAGAAAAGACAAACAUAAAGAGAAUGAAGCUAUUCAGUUUGACUUUGACAUAAAUAAUGAUAACCCAGACAAGAUUGCUGAAGGCAUGGUUAAGAUGGGGAUGAUAUUAGAGGAAGACGAGAGGUCUGUGGCCAAGAUGAUCCAGACGCAAAUCCAGAACAUCACUCGGGAGCGCGAGGAGAGGCGCAAGAAGGAAAACAUGGAAAAGGAGAAACAGCAAAUGGAAGAACAGCAAAUGCAGAUGCAACAGCAACAACCACAAGCACAAACACAGCAACCACAACAGCAACAACAACAGCCACCACAGCAGCAGCCACAGCAACCUCAGCAACAACCACAGCAACAACAGCAGCAACAACAACAACCCACACUACAACACCAGACUUCCCUCCCACAGCAGACACCCCAAGUGCAACAGACAACACAGCAACAGGCACAACCAAUACCUGUGGAGCAGCAGCAGCCACAGCAGAAUCAACAAGCACAACAGCAGGCAACACAACAGCCACAGCAGCAGAGUCAGCCACAGCAGCAACAGCAAACUCAGCAACAGACAACUCAGCAGGAUGGCCAGACACAGAAGACUACAGAGUCAAUUAUCUCUGCAGAACAACAACAAGGGGACGGGGUUCGAGAAUCUGGGUAUUACACUCUCACAGCUGGAGCUGAGGGACAACAGACCAUUACACAGGAUGGACAGUUUUAUGGUGGAAACUACAGAUAUGGUAGCUACCAGAGCAGUUCCUCCCAGUACCAACCUGUGAGCGCUGCCUACCAGCAGCCCCAGUACCAGCAGGCUCUCAGCACUACUGGUUCAUCUGUCUCACAGGCCUACCUGACCACCACUGCUUACCAGCCAGUACCACAGCAGCCGCCACAGCAGCCACCGCAGCAGCAGCCGCAGCAGCCACCUCAGCAACCAGCACAACAGCUACAACAACCUCCACAACAACAAACACAGCAGCAUCCACCUCCCCAAUCCACUCAACCACAGGUAGAUCAGCAGCAACCACAGCCCCCACCACAGCCACAGCCACAACCACAACAGCAGCCAGAAUAUUACAGUCAGAUUAGUUCACAGGUUGGGACUGGGAGCCAGGCUCCCAUGAUGACCUCCCAGCACCCCAUGGUUAUACCGCAGUCCCAGGUGCUUUCCUCACAAGGUGUUAUAAUUGGUUCACCACCUGUGGUGAUUGCCUCUCAGCCCAUGGCAGUGCUCAGCCACCCUCUAGUCAUGGCAUCUGUACCCAUGGUAGUUUCUUCUAUUCCCUCUGGUGUGAUGUCUCAGCAGCAUAUUUCUCAGCCAACUGUACCUGUCAUGUCUCAACCCACUGGCCUGACAUCACAGCAGCCGGUGAUGUCCACUCAACAUGUACUUCCUCCUCCAUCUGCUGGACAAGCACUGCAGGCACAGCCGGUGUCACAGCCACAGCCACAGGGAAUGCCCUCCCAAGCUGCUGCUGGCUCUGAGACACAGCCAGUCAUAGCUCAGCCAAUGGUUGUCCCACAGCCAAUGGUUCCUCCUCAACCACUAGUUGCUUCACAGUCAGUGGUUACCUCACAGCCACUGGUUGCUUCACAACCACUAGUAGCCUCUCAACCACUUGUUGCUUCACAGUCAAUGGUUACUUCACAACCACUAGUUGCAUCACAGCCACUAGUUGCUUCACAACCCCUUGUUGCAUCUCAACCUUUGGUUGCUUCGCAGCCACUUGCUGCUUCACAGCAGUUGUUGACUUCUCAGCCUGUUGGAAUGCCACAAACCCUUGGGGGAACUCCCCUAGUGGUUUCAGUGCCUCAGGUCACAGCAGUAGUUGCACCCACAGAGCACACUCUGAGCUCAACAGCAGCAAGUGGGGCUAGUGGAUUAAGCCUGCCCAGCAGCUCAGCGCAGCUGGUGCAGCCAACCAGCCUUGUGCCACCCUUGUCAUCGGCUGUGCUUGUCCAGCCAGCAGUGUCAGCAACAGUGUCUGAGGUGACCUCAACAAUGCAGCCCAGUGCAGUGCAGGCACAGCCAGAGGAUGCACCCUAUCACUUACCAGUUACAGCCUCUCAGCCUACAGUGAUUACCACGCAGGCUGACUCUACACAAAGGAUAGCAUCUUCUGAACCAAGUUUAACAGUGAUUCAGCAGGGGACAUCAGCAUCGCAAGUUGCAGCAUCUGGUUCUAUGCCAGGAGUCCCUGCCUCCCAGCCAGUUGUUCUACAAUGUCAGCCUUCCGUGGUGCCAUCACUGCCAGGAGUUGUGCCUUCAGUAACACCUUUUGGAGCAUCCCAGCCAGCCUCUGCAGUGGCCAGCGAAGCGAGCCAGGUGCUGUUCCAUAUGCUGCCUCUACAUCCUGUUCCCUCUCAGCAGGCUAAUGUUGUGUAUUCUGCACGCAGCCGUGUGCCUCAUUUAGAGUCCCAAACAACACCUCCUUUGAUACAGCCAUUGCCUUGUAUGGAUUCAUGUUUCCAAUUCCCCCCUUUGGUCCAGAGCACCCUCUCCUCUCUAGCCAUGGAACACCACAAAGCCACCCCAGUCUUCCUCCCUCCCCAUCUCUCAGCAGCAAUGAUGAGUGGAGUAGCACCAUACGUUGGUGGAGUUUUUACAUCAAAACCCCAGAGCGUUAUUGGUCAGCUUCAGCAGCAGCAAUAUGGCAGAGCAGCGGACAAUCUGGAGAGUUCUCCUUCACCACAGAUCCUCGCAGACACCUACUCACACCUCCUCAAUGACAGGCCUGGUGGCGUUGGUCUGGAGACGCAAGCCAUCUCCAACAACUCCCUCACCAGCAACAACACCUCUUCCACCAUCACCACCACCAUGUCCUCCUCCUCCAACAACACCACCAUCACAUCCUCCACUCACCCUCCAUUUGACCCCAGCGCGGCCUCCGAGUCGGAGUGCAGCGAGCACCCGGCCGACGGCUCCUCCAGCCGCCACCACAUGGAGCGUAAGAAGAUUCGCAAGAAGAAGACACUCGACCGCUUCCCCAAACUGACUGUCCUGAGCGUAACGGAAACCAUGGUCGAGUGUCAGCUAGAAACUAUAAAGCAGAAGACUAUCACCUUCAAGUUUGACAUAACAGAUAAUGACCCUCAAGAUGUAGCUAACAAACUGGUAAUGACUAAUCUCCUACCUGGAAACCAUGCCGAAGUUGUGAUCAAUUACAUAGAGGACAUCAUCAGACAGCUUCAGGCCAACCCUAAUGUUCUCCCAGUUGUGUCCACUCCAGGGCUCGACUCAAGAAGUCAGCAUCAUUCACAGGAUGGCCACACACGCUCCCCCUCAGCCUCUCGACGCCACAGGGACGAUCCUGAAGCACGGGCUCGCUACCUGGCCAGGAAGCUGAGUCGGUCCUCCCCUAAACGGCGACGACGACACAGCUCACACCGAGAGGAGGGAGGUGGGGACAGUGCCCCAGGAACCCCAAGCAAGCAGGUCGAUGGGAGAGAAUCAUCCCCACAAGUGCAGACAAGCCCUGUGCGGCAGCCACAGCCCACUCCAACACAGCAGGAACAGCAGCAGCAACAGCAAACUCAGCAGACUCCUCAGCAGCAGCAGCAGGCAGUAGUUACUCCAGCCGCAGUGUGUGCUCCACAGCAAUCAGCCACUUCAACUCAGCCUGCACCACAGCAGCCACAGGCUUUCAGAAAAUCUCGCUUCCUGGUGAGUCCUGUGGUAGAAAGCAAGCAACUACCCGGAGAUGACGUAGUUGGUGGGUCUGUAGGGUCAGUGGGUACUUCUCAGGGCCAGCCUGCCAUGGCUCCCACUCCCUACACUGACGAGUCCCCACAGUCAGAUUCAAUUCCUGCCUCAUCUGCUGCUGCUCAGCUUCUUAACCUGCCAGCCUCCUCUGCUUCUGUUGUUUCUCCCACAACACAAGACCAACAGCAGAGCGAUGGUUUGGCGGCCAGUGUCAGUGCCAGCAGCACCUCAGUUGCCCCAGCACCCGUCUCACAGAGUGGGUCGGGUGGCCCAACACCCCCUCAUCAUUGCACACCUGAGAACACCUACAUGGCUGAGCAUCAGGCCAGACUCUCACAGCAGAAUUCUUUGGAGAAAUAUGACAGUAUAACUUCAAACAGCAAUCUGUCAGAGCUGGCACGGAAGCUGCAGCAGUUAGGUACAUCCGGUGGCUCCUGCCCGCCCCUCUCGCUGCCCCCCGCACACACUGUGCCCCCCUUCUCAGCCCCAUUGUCUGCCCCAAGCCACCCAAGCACUCCCAUUUCUCUUGCGACUCAGCCGGCCUUCAACCAGGAACUCAACAUGCAGCUGGCUGGGGUGCUGAGUUCUGGUGCAGCGCGGCACACUCGAGCCCACUGGUCGCCAUCCAUCAACUACAAAACCUGCCCUGCCUUCUUCCACGUUCUGGCACCAGAGGGUGGUGGUGGUGGUAGUGAGGGCAGCUGUAGUGGUGGCGGUGGUAGCUUGGGCGGGAUGACCAUUACCAAUCCGGGCGUCCCAGUCCAGGAGGCUAAUGUUGUGACUCAGCCUCAGGGGCCGCACUACACAAACCGCACAACAGAUAUUCCCCCAACUGAGGUUAUUCACCAGGUUGCAUGUGAGGUGGAGAGUCUGGAGUGCAAGCACUCCCUCCAGCUGCCUCCAGAUCCACUCCACAUGCAUCCACACCAUGGUGGUGGAGCGGGUGGUGCCCUCACCAUUGUGGUAACUCCCCCCAUACCACAGCUGAGCCAGGGCUUGCUGCCGCAGCCUCAGGGUGUUGUCAGUAUGGGGGCAGAGGAGAAAGGACCCCUCCCAGCUGCUGCCAUCACCAGCACCGUAGUGGCAACUCCUGUUACAACAUCAGUGCUGCAGACUUCUCAAAUUCCUGCGAUGUUCAUGGCUACACCAGCACCUGGUAUUAUUGCACCAACACCCAUGUCUGGUGAAGUCCUAUCCACUCCACCUGUUGCAGUUGAUAUUGGCUUGCCAGUUGCAGCAGAUGAAUUCCAGAACUUUCCACCUGGCUUCCAGCCCAGUUUCCAGCCUGGUUUCCAGCCUGGUUUUCAACCUGGUUUCCAACAUGGCUUUCAGCCUGGAUUCCAGCCUGGUUUUCAGCCUGGCUUCCAGGCUGUCCCUCAAGGCACUCUGGAUCCAGCCAUGAUGCAGCAGAUGGCGGCACUGCCUCCAGAUAUGACCUCUGCAGCCACAGCUGUCGGGGUGUUGCCAGGAAUGGGUCUUCAAGUAGGAGAAUCAGGUCAUGUUACAGUGUGUCCAGCAUCUGGACUUCCUGUGGGUGUUUCUGCACCCAUGUGUAUGCCAACACAGGUGGGACUUGCACCAGAGGAUUCAUCUGCCAUGGCUUCUGCAAUACCUCCUGGGGUAGGUAUGUCUGGAGCGGCUCUUGGAUUGCCCACAGAAGUGAGAUUAGUGGCUGUUCCAAACCCAGAGCAGCGCAGCAAGAUGGAUUUGAAUGCACUAAGAGAACAACUGCAAAAGCUUGUUCCAGGUGCACAUGUUACCCUCACUCAUGAGGCACAGGAAACUGUUAGUAGUGGAUCCUCUGGAAUGGAAGGCAUGAGACAAGAGUAUACGCAGUCCCAAUCUCAACCUUCAGUAGCAAUUCCUCUAACUGUUAUGGAUUCUUCAAGAGCUGAUGGCAUCCCAGGGACACAAGCACAGGGCCUUGAAACGCCAGCAGGAGUGUCUGUGGCUCCCAGCAUGAUGAUUCCACAGACGGUGAGAUUACCAUCGGGUGAAACGGUCGCCUUAAUGACACCAGUCAUGAUGGAGUCUGGUGUACCACAGCCACAUAUGUACCCAGCAGUGGUACCACUCCUAGAUGGCACUCCAACCCCAGCUCAGGCUACUUUAGGGCCAGGUGGAGUUGGGGAAACCUAUACCUGGAGAUCAGCUGUGGCAUCUCCCGUCCCCCUCCAGGGCCACGUGAGCCUUUCCAGGACACCAUCACUCAAAGACUCGGAGGGAGACUCCAAGUCAGACCCUGGUGACAGUAGACAGACCAGAAUUGCACGGUUCCAAGUCACAAAGGUGGUCGAGGAUGCUGUAAGAAGGGCUUCUGACACGUCAACAUGCAGCACCCCAGUCAGCUCCCCAGUUCGUCGCACCGGUCGGUUUGCCAUCACGAAAGUGGCAGAGUCGGCAGGAUCCGGCAGUGGCACUCCUGUAGGUUCAGGCCCUGGCCUUGCUGGGUCUCAAGCACACUUGCCUGCGCAUGCAGAUUCUCUGGGAGGGACACCUUCAGACCCCCCCUCUGCCGGGCCCUCAGCCCCUCCAUCCAUGACCUCCUCCUUUGUCUCUGAGGACACAUCAGCUACAACACCUGCCACACCCGCUGCUGAUGGAGAUGCCUUUAGUCAACAGCCUUCAGUAACAAAUGACUCUAGCGAGGACCACAUACCAACUCUGGGGGAUAGUCAAGGCAGUGUAGUUGUUACUAGACCCCCUGGCGAUAGCUGGCAGCCCCAGUCCCAGCCCUCACCUUCCUACCCCGACCCCCAGCAGGCAUGUGGGGCGCAGGGCAUUGCUGUCCCUCCCCACACAACCCCUCCGCUUUCACAGGCUUCCCCUAAACCCCCCCUUUCACAGACUCCCACCAGGGAUAGCCACAGCUUACCUAGACCCAAGACAAGCAGUCAUUCUGCAAAGAUACAGACAUUCAGAAAGACCAGGACCCUGAAACUAGACAUUCCUGAGCCUCCACCUUCCAGUAACACAAACACACCAGACCCUUGUUUCAAAGAGGUCCCUCCAAUAUGCAUCACUCCUGCAGCUUCUAAUGACCAUACUUCAUCUCAUUUGAAAGAAAAGCCAUCAAGUACUGGCUGUGAGAAACGGUCAGACAAGAAAGUAGCUCUGCCCAAGACGCCAAAUGUUGUCAAGAGCAAAUCUGGUCCAUGGAAGUUUUCAGCAAGUACAUCUUAUGAUGCAGAUACAGAGGAGCUUGCAGAAAUGGCAGUUAGAAGAGAUUCCUCUGAGUGUCGUAGAGGUUCAUCUGAAUAUGGUUAUGCAUCUGUGUGCUGCAAGAGUGUUGAAGUACAGACUGAAUGUUCAGAAGGUCAAGGAUGUCAGAGUUCAGUUUCACCAGCACAGACCUCCCCAAGUGUUACAACUUGUUCAAAACAAAAGCCUGUGAAAGGCCAGACCAACCUGAUUCCUCCACCAGUCCCCCCAAGAAAUCGACCCUUAAAACCUGCUCUGAAGAAGACAGAAAGCAUUAAUUGGCUAGAUCGCAGCAGCAGCAUCAUUGACUUGAGGAACCUAUUUGAAGAAGUCAAGCAAUCAAGAGAAAUGUUGCAGAAGUCUCGAGAGUCACUAAACCGCUCUGGGGAAAGGCAGUCACUUAGUGUUUAUAGCCCUUUAUCACGUACCAAAAGUGUUAGUAACAUGCAUCACGUGGGCUUAACAGCAGCACGGGAUUCUGGACUGUCACAUUCUUCUUGGGAGCUUAGUGAGGCACGUGCUUCAACUCCUCACCUUCAUCCUCUUAGAACAGUGAGCAGUGUCAGUUUUACAGAGGAUGGACAGUUUGGGAUGCAUUCACCUGGUCAGUCCUUAAAACAAAGUCCAGCUGUGAGGAGAUUAACAAAGAGGAGCCAUCACCAUGGUGUACAUCAAGAAACUGUAUAUCAUACAGUGCAUACAUCAUCCCAUCCAUCGCCAACUCCACGUGGUAUUAGACCUCAGCAGACUGAAACACUGCAUACUCCUGCAUUCCAAGAUGAUGUAUACUAUACCAUUCAAGGAGGAACAGGUGUGACACAACACUUCCAGUUGGAAGAGCAUCGACCCUGGUACAGGAUUAAACCUCGUUCGAGGACCCACUCAAAGAACUACUACCCAACAUCGAGCUCUAGCAGUGAAGAAGGAUUUGCAGAAGAUGAUUCCCUCUAUGAACCUCUUCGGGAGUCCCCAACUAUGACGUCACCAGAGGCAUACAAUCCUCAAUUUGCAUAUGAGGUCCCAUAUCCUUCCCAGCGAUCACCCAGAUUCGCUAGCCAGCUGUCUCAUUCACCUCCGCAUACUUUCCAUUACCCUCUGUCUCCCAGAAGUUCUUUGCAUUGUCAGUCACCAAAGUCUCAAGGCCAACCUGCUCAUUCACAGCACUACUUUUGCCAGAGUCCUCAGCAUUCCCCACAGUCCCCCCCUUGUCCUGUGCAGUCGCCACCACACUAUCCUUCCCAGCCCUACAAUUACCCACCGACCUGCAUGACCCUUAGCUAUCCCCAAUCUCCCAGUAGCCGAGCGUGGCCCCCGUCCUCAGCCCAGCUUGACAUGGGCCACUCACACUCGUGGACCGAGGACGAAGAACUGGAAACGGUGAGGCAUGAUCUGGAAGAUUUCUCAGAAGAUGAUGACAGUUUUCAGCAGCUUCUUUACAAGCAAGAGCACGAGGAAGCUGAGCUCCGACGUCGCCACCAACAGGAACGGGAAGCCUACAAAGUACAGCGCCUACAACGAAGCCAGAAUAGUAGACGACCUCAGUCUCUACGCCUGGCUUCAUCUCCGGGUCCCCCCACACCAGGCACGACUCCAACGUCGCCACACUCCCAGUCAGACUCAAAGCAGUCAGAGAAAUGUGAUAUCCCAGUUGGUGCUAAUGGUGAUGCAGCCAUUGCAUCCGAUCAUUCUGUGGAUACCUCCAGUAGUGGCACAACGUCAGGAAAGAAAGGGCGUACAAUCUCAGAGGAUAUGUUAGAGUUGGUUCAGAACCUGAGCGGCCCUCGACAGGCACAGCGGCCGUCCCAAGGCAAGAUGACCCUUAACCAGAUGAUGGCCCAGCAGAAAGCCACAGCAUCAUUACAGCAUCCAGGGCAGAGACCAGUUUAUCCCACAGUGGGAUAUGCUACUGCACCCUUUCAUGGCCACAUAUUCCCCACAUUUCAUACAUUCCCCUACCCGUAUCAGAAGCUGUCCGAUGGCUCAAUAGUGGCUGUGUCCCAAGUAGAUGAUGUUUCUGGAACUCCCCCUAGUACUAGUAGUACCAGCAGUAGCGGCAGUAACAUGCCAUUACAGCAACAACCCUCACAACAGCCACCUGCCACAAGUGCCUCAUGGGUACAGUGGCAACAGCAGUAGGUGUGGCCAACAUUCCAAGCUCCCUCUCAGGGACAGGAACCUGCAUCUGUGAUCCUCUAAUUUUGUACUCCCACAUAUGGAGAUGAGCUCAGCAACGGCAGUGGAAGCAACAUGGUCCUGGCAGUCCAGCAGAAGUUAACCAUAGAAUAUUUUGUGUCUCAUCCAUUGAAUGAUAUGGGUCUUACUAUUGUCCAUUUGAACUUUACAAGUGAUUUACAGCUGACGAGGGGCAGCAGUGUUUCCAGUGCUAGUUGACGAGUUUCAAACUAGUCAUCAAAUAGAAGGGAUGAAAAUGGAAAUUUCUAAUGUUUGUUUGCAUCAGAAAUAAUUUGAUUUUGUACCUCAGUCAUCCAUUCUGUUCUUUUUAGAUAUGACUAGAUGUAUUGUUUACUAUAGUGAUCCUUUUUUUUUAUUAUAUUACUGUUCCAUGACGUAUGAGAACAAAUGUAUCUUUUAGGUGAAUUGAUCAAUCAUGUUGAAACACUCCUCUCUGUUCAGUGGUUGUAGAUUGAACAAGGGAUAAACAGUGUAUAUGUUGUAUUAUAUAUGUACAGUGAGAGUUGUACAGCGAUGAAAUAGUGGUGGGUCCUGUGAUGGGAACUACACUAGAGUAUGAGGGAUACAAGGCUAGCCACAGUGAUUCACAAGAAGGCUAAGCAAAUGCUGAAUGGUCUUCCAGCUAAACACUGAAGGUUAUACAUGCACAUAGUGUGAAAUGCCUACAGCGUGCUUAUGCCAAGUGACAAGUGACUGUGGUCAGGAAGACCUUUAAAUAACUCCACCCAGACUUUCCUCAGAAGGUGGUAUCAAUGGUUCAUUUAAAAGCAGGAGGCUUCCCUUUAGUUAGCCUGCAUGUGCAUAGCAAUGUAAAGGACUGAAGCAAAGACCAAGAUUAUUAUUGUGAUGGAAUUUGGUGCUACUGCACGUCUCAUGUGCAGUAUGUAAGUUUCUAGAGAUUUAUUCACAUAUAGAGAAAGUGUGAGGGAUUACUGCAGAAGUUCUGUUUUAUUUUUAACCAACAUAAUGUUGAUCCAGACUAUUGAAGGAAGGGAUAUUUUUUCUCUCUUUUUUUUUAGUGUUAUUUUUUUAUUAUUAAAAGAAAUAGAUGAAUAUAUAAAGUGAACAAAAACCAUGUAUUUUGAGAAGUAAAUUCAUCUGCUUUAUCUUCAAGAAUGGAAUGCAAAUAUCUGGCAGUUAGGUGCCAUCUAAUCUGAGAAAGUUCAAGAAAGAUGAGUGUAAAAGGAGGAUAAAUUCUUUGUUUUUCCUUCUUGAUAGAUAUGAGAAGCAAGAUUGUAGUAGAGGGAGGACAGAAUGUUAUCAGAUCUUCACAUUGGUUGCUGAGUAAUAUUAUAGGUAAGAAGUUUUUAAGAAGUUUCUUUAUAUCAGAACUUUAAGGCAUGAAAGGGAAUUUUCAUACAUCAAAAAUUCUCAUAUGACACUAAAACUGGUGAAUAAGAAUGAUGUACAUCAGAUGAAGAGACAUUUACCAGUAAAAUGUGUAUGGCCUUGUUGAUCGUAGUGAUAAACGUAAUCUUAUCAUGUAGCAUCAUCUCUGUCAACUGACAUUUAUAGGUGAAUUACCUUUAUCCUGCUUCAAUCUUUACCAGCAAUCCAUGUAUCUGUCCCCCACUGGUUUGUUGAAUACUCCAUUGCUUAUGCUAACUACCAGUUAGGUAACAGCCAUCAUUAUCAUGCCAGGAGCGCCUCACUUGCAUUUCAUGUUUCCAUUCUUACUAAGAUAAUUACUAUGCUUUUUAAGCUUUGAAAAGCAGGAGAUAGGUAGCUAACACUUCCAUGUGACUACCUGUUUUGAACCUUCCUUCCAUCUGUAUGAGCUGAUUAUUUUUUUUUUUUUUUUUUUUUUUUUUUUUUUUUUUUUUUUUCUCUCUUUUCUUUUUUCUUUUUUUCUUAUUUCUUUUUUCUUUUUUCUUUUUCUUUUUUUUUUCUAUUUCUUGCUCUGCAACCAUGAUGUUGAGCCAAGGUGGUGCUGAGCUUGUCCAGGUUUUAGGCACUUCUAUAACCUAUGUAGGAUUUGCUUUUCUAGAUUGCCUGUACGUAAUAUUUAUAUGUUACUCUAGAAUAUUGUAUUAUAUUUUAUAUUCAAUUUUUUUAAUGCUUGAAAUGUAAGCUACUAAAAUUCCUUCCAAUAAUAUUUGUAAGUUUGCAUUGGUUAUUGGCUAUUUUGUUUGCACUUGAGUUGCAUAGGGGACAUGGGACUCAGCACUCCCCUGCCUCGACGUAUGGUUCACCUGCAGUCUGCCAUGCAGUUGUAUGCCAAUUGAAGAGAUCUUACAAGUUUCAUGGAAGUCCACUCAUUAAUGUGCUGUAUAAAUAUAUUGUAUGAUAUUUAGAAAUGAUCAAAUAAAGUGGUGCAAAAUUUUA